CGGUGAGUGUAGCAGGGAACGAAGGCAACGGCAAUACCAGUGCAUGACCGCGUUUUUUUUUUUUUUUUUUUUUAGAAAGCUAGAAUUUUAAUGGCGCCGGUACGACAGAGAAACGCUAAAGGCCUCAAUUCUACUGAGAUAGGGAAGAAAAUCAAAAGGGGUAACGCACUGCGGCACGGCACAGCUUGGUGGACUUCCAGAGGGCUAACCACUUUGUUGCUGGUUACUCUUUGUUUGUGUGGUGCAGCUACUUGGCUGUAUGUCUUUUCUUUUGAUAGUGACAUAACAGAAACAUUGGUCAGCCAGCGUGAGCAUGUCUUUCCCGAGCCCAGAGUCUACAUCAUCCAGUGCUCUGAGGACUACGAGAACUACAAACGCUACCCAGGAUGCACCCCUCAGAAGUGUGGCCGUGCUGUCGUGGACAGUGUGGUGACAAGGGAGGAAGGUCAGCUCCUCAGGAGGCUGGCUGAGAGGGGACUUCAACUGGCUGGAUCAGAGGGAGGAGCCUCCAUCUUGGACCUGCACUCAGGAGCAUUAUCAAUGGGGCAGCAAUUUGUCAACAUUUACAGAUAUUUUGGAGAACAUAUCCAGGAUGUGUUCACAGAAGAUGAUUUCCAGCUUUAUAGAGUUGUACGCAAGCGAAUCCAAACACUUAUUGCAGAGGCGUUUGGUUUAGACCAAGCACUGAUGUACCUCACCAAGCCCACCUUCUUCUCCAGGAUCAACUCUACAAUAGCCAAGACACAACAUGACGAGUAUUGGCACCCGCACAUAGAUAAGGUCACCUAUGGCUCAUUUGACUACACAUCCCUUCUAUACCUUUCUGACUAUGGCUCUGACUUCACUGGAGGAAGAUUUGUCUUUAUGGACCAAGAUGGCAAUAAGACAGUAGAACCGAAGGCAGGUCGAGUGUCUUUUUUUUCCUCCGGAUCUGAGAACCUCCACCGUGUGGAGAAGGUCACAUGGGGGACCCGUUAUGCCAUCACGGUGUCCUUUACGUGCGACCCUACACAAGCCAUCGCUGACCCUGUCAUGCCUUGAGGCAACCAUGGGUGAUGGGGCGGACAUCACGGUCCUCCGGCUCAGUCAAGUCCUGCAGAAAGUGGCAGAGGGAAAGGAUGAGCGAUGAGACAGGAGAAGAGGAAAGAGAGAUUCAUUUCUUGCUAAGUUUAGGUCCUGUAAUCUUACUGUAGGUGCACAGCCAGUCUGUUUGCUUAACAGGCUUUUAUUUUUGAUUGUGCAACAACAACAAAAAGUGACAUUCCCAUCUUCUUUACGGAGGUGUUUGUAUUAGUUUUAUUGUACAGUAUUUUUCUAUCCACUUCAGUUUAGUUCAGGUGUUAAGGGUGUUUAGGUUCUGCACACGUUUCCACAUCAGUCCUUGAUCAUUCAAGGUGGACUUCAUCAGGUUGCCAAUUAACUGACUCAAUUUCAACUGUGGGAUGGUGCGUGUGUGUUGUGUGUGAUUAUGAUAUUUAAUGAAGAGCUGCCUAGUACAAACCACAUGAGAAAAUAUAACUCAGGAGAAGAACUUUCUUUGUCAGGAGCGCUUAACAGAUUCUCUGUUUAUCAUAAGUUAAUCAUCUGUUUAAUGUGCCGCAUUGGAUUGAAUUGCGUCUGCACCUCCCUCAGGGGUCUGUUGACUAAUUUAUUGGCCAGUCAUUAUUUACAGUACAGUACGUAUGUAACACAAAGCUGUGUACAUUUCCAUCCAACCAUCCAUUGUCUUAACCGUACAUCCUCACUAAGGUCGCGGGGCUGUGUACAUUUGACUUAGCAUUUUUUAUAGGACUGACUGAUUUUUCAUCAUCAUCAUUUUCAUUGCAUGUCAUAUCAAUGAUUGUCUGUGUAAUUAUGCAUUUCCCCCCCUUGUGAUUAUGGAAG